CGAGAGGAGCGGUCUGCACUCUGUUUACAUGCACUACUUAUUAGCGGCAGCCUCCCUCCGCCGUCACUGCCUUACGGUCCGGCUGAAUGAAUGUUGAGUCGAGGCGCCGCUGCGAGGAGGUGGCAUUACCCCACAUUUCGUCUCUGACGGUCGGCCGGACAACGCGUCUUCGGGGACCCAUUUGAGCUCGGCCACAAACCCGAGUCCGCUGUCGCGGCGCGCGCUCGCCGUCCCGACGGAGCGAGGUUUUGGUGCUGAUGGGCCGCAGCCUUCUGCCAGAGGGGAGCCGCUCAAACAGAUUGUGUCCAGCUGCUAUGCUGCAGUCUGCACUUGUCCUUGGCAGUGGCAGCAGCGUACCAGACGGUGAUGGAGGAGAUUUAAGGGAAGACGGAGCAGACCCUGCCUUCCCUGACUGGAGAGGGAAUCACAACUACAGUUUCAGCAUUAUAGACCAUGUUUUCCUCCAUCAUGCAGACCUCCACUCUUCUCCUUCUCAGCCCAAUCUUCCUUCUGUCUCUCCUCAUCCCCACCUGCUCCACCCAAAGUGAGGCUGACCUCAGCGUUCAGACUCGUUCUGGUCGAGUCCGUGGCAUCCGCUUGCCAGUCCAGGACCGAAGCUUUGUCACUGCUUUCCUGGGCAUCCCCUUCGCAGAGCCACCAGUAGGAAAGCGGCGUUUUCGUCAUGCUGAGCCAAAACGUCCAUGGACAGGGGUAUACGAGGCCAAUUCCUACCCCAAUGCCUGCUACCAGUUUGUUGACAUAUCAUUCCCUGGCUUCCAGGGCAGUGAGAUGUGGAAUCCCAACAUGGAGAUGAGUGAGGACUGUCUGUAUCUCAAUGUCUGGGUGCCCUCCUCACCUAGACCACAUAAUCUGACUGUCAUGGUGUGGAUCUAUGGAGGAGGCUUCUACAGUGGCUCUUCUUCACUGGACGUGUAUGAUGGUCGUUACCUAGCUCAAAGUGAGACAGUCAUUGUGGUUUCCAUGAACUACCGUAUCGGUGCCUUUGGCUUCCUAGCUCUGCAUGGGUCCUCUGAGGCUCCCGGUAAUGUUGGUCUGCUGGACCAAAGGAUGGCAUUGCAGUGGGUACAAGACAACAUCCAUUUCUUUGGUGGAAACCCCAAACAGGUGACUAUCUUUGGUGAAAGUGCUGGUGGGGCUUCAGUAGGAUUCCACCUGCUUUCACCAGACAGCCGGGCUACCUUCACCCGUGCCAUUCUUCAGAGCGGAGUCCCCAACUGUCCCUGGGCCUCAGUCACCCCUGCUGAGGCCCGCAGACGGGCCACACUGCUGGGGAAAUUGGUUGGCUGUAAUGGAGGCAAUGACACUGAGUUGGUGGACUGUCUGCGGAGUAAAACUCCAGCGGAGCUCAUCGACCAGGAGUGGCAGGUUCUGCCAUGGUCAGCCCUCUUCCGGUUUUCAUUUGUGCCUGUUGUGGAUGGCGAGGUUCUGCCUGACACUCCUGAGGCCAUGCUCAACUCAGGCAACUUUAAAGACACUCAAAUCCUCCUUGGGGUAAAUCAGGAUGAGGGCUCCUAUUUCCUGUUGUAUGGAGCACCGGGAUUCAGCAAGGACAACGAGAGUAUCAUCUCCAGAGAGGACUUCAUGGAAGGUGUCAAGCUCAGCGUACCACAUGCUAAUGAUAUUGGCUUGGAGGCAGUAGUGCUGCAGUAUACUGACUGGAUGGAUGAGAAUAAUGGGGUAAAGAACCGCGAUGCCAUGGACGACAUCGUGGGCGACCACAACGUCAUCUGCCCACUGGCCCACUUUGCUCGCUCCUAUGUCCAGCACAAUGCCCUUAAGGCUAACUUGGGAGGAGCUGGCUCUGGGGUGGUGAACAGUGGAGGAAACUCCCAAGGAGGGGUCUACCUCUAUUUGUUUGACCACCGAGCAUCCAACCUGGCCUGGCCAGAGUGGAUGGGUGUGAUCCAUGGCUAUGAGAUUGAGUUCGUCUUUGGCCUGCCACUUGAGAAGAGACUCAACUAUACUCUAGAGGAGGAGAAACUGAGCCGACGCAUGAUGAGAUACUGGGCCAACUUUGCAAGAACUGGAAAUCCUAAUGUGAACCAAGAUGGGCCGGUAGACGCCAGGCGGCGCUGGCCUCUGUUCACUGUCAGUGAGCAGAAACAUGUCGGACUCAACACGGAACCACUGAAAAUCCACAAAGGUCUGAGGAACCAGAUGUGUGCUUUCUGGAACCGCUUUCUGCCACGCCUCCUGAACAUCACUGACAACAUAGAUGAGGCCGAGCGUCAGUGGAAAGUGGAAUUCCACCGCUGGUCCUCCUACAUGAUGCACUGGAAGAGCCAGUUUGACCACUACAGCAAGCAGGAGCGCUGUACUGACCUCUGAGAGCUCGAGCAGAGAGCUGAGAGAAUGAGGGGAGGGGGGAGGGGGCAAUAAAACAAGCCCAGGCCAAUUUCCCCAUAGCCCUUUAGUGAAUCGAAGUUCAUGAAUAUUUAUAUUUCUUUUUUUUUCUGUUUCAUUACACACACGCAAACCCAUGCACCGUAGACCUUUAUUUAUUUUAUUUAUACUAUUUAUUUAUGUGUUGUUUGUGUGUCUUAAUGGAAAUUAUUGUCUAUGGUGGGAUGUGUGUGUGUGUGUGUGUGUAAUUGUGUGAGAGUGUGUGUGUGUGUGUGUGUGCCUGUGGCUGCCUGGAAUCCCCCAGUUUAAAUCAGAUUUCAAAAAUCUCAACAGGCCCAUGUUACUGCUCCGCUGCUUGUUUGUCUCAUGAAUUGUUGUUCAAUUCAUGAGAUUAACAAUUCUUAUUUUCAGAGGAUUCCUUCUUUCCAGCAUAUUAGGUUUGUGUUCUGUUGACUCAACAACACUGGUAAUUUUGUCCCAUUUGUCUGUUAAAGUGUGUUUCUUCCUGUUAAGGUCAAGUGGUAAAACCUAAACCCAGAGCUACAUCGGGGUCUUUUGGGGGGGGGGGUUAGCAAAUACACUGCAUGCCCCAAAUAAUUGGAAUAUAAGCAUUAGAAUGUAUGCCCAUCUGUUAUCAGAAUCAGGAUCAUGUUAUUUGCCAAGUAGGUUUUCAUAUACUAGGAAUUUUAUGUGUUGUUAAAAACUAAGUAUUGAAGAACAAGAAACAAAAACUAUACAAUAAAAGUAAAUAUAUGUAAAAGUAUGUGCAAAAGUGGGGCUCAGUGUCAGCGGGGGUCUCUGACCUUGUUGAUAAUGAUAUUACCCUUUAUUACAUUAUCAAGAAGUAAAUUAUUCCAGGUUUAGUUUUAUUUGUAUUAUAUUUUGACAAAUUCCUAAAUAGUAAUGUGAGUGAAUCAGGGGCACAGGGAGAGAUAUGGUUCCUCAAGUCUAGAACAUUUUGGUGAGAUUUAUAAAUUUGGAGCAGGGCUUUGGCUAACUCUGAGAUCAAUGUCAUCAUAAAUGUAGGGGACAUUCUUAAAAUAAAUGUAAAAAAAAGGCCCCCUUGUGUGACUCGUGCAACAAAUCAAUAAGGAAUUGAGUUAAACCCCACCUGAAUUUUAUUAAUACCUAGUGGAGAAUUGCAUUUAACAGUGAACCGCAUUUAAAACAAUAAAUUAUAUAUGAACAAUCAAAACAUUUACAUUUGUCAAAUCUAAUUGAAUAACAAAAUGUUGGCUACAGUCCUAUGGGAGCUGAUACAAUUUCUUCUCUUUCCCUUCCAUCUCCUAUUGAUUCUUCCUUCCAUCUUGUGAGGGGGGAUUAAGCUCCCUAUCUCUUUCCUCUCCUUCGUUUCAUUUUUCCAGCAACUACCAACAAACUCCUCCCUUCCCUCUCCUCUUAUCCAUAUUCCUGUCCUCUAUUCCUUCUUCAUCUCCUCUGUCCGCCUUUUCUUCUGCAUCCGUUCCUCUCUCUCCAUAGCCACCCUGUUGUCUGGCCCAUUGCCCUGAUUUCUGCCUCUCCUUCCACCACUCCAAUAUCCCUCUCUACUUUGGCUGGGCUCUCUAUCUUCCUCUCUAAUCAACCUCCACCCACCCUUCUGUCUUUCCAACUCUCCUCCUUUGAUCCUUCAGUCCCUUCUCUCACUCCUGGGUCAUACAUGUUUUCAUCUCCGUCCAUCACUUCUUUAUACCCCCUCUCCCAUGUCUUUAUUUUUCCACUUCCAUGAAACUUUUUCCCUCUUCAUCUCUGAUUUAUUUGCUCAUCCAUCUCUCAGUUGCAUUAACUCUCCACUCCUCCCCCCUCCCCCGUUCUAUGCCCCUGCCCCCUCUCCCAACACACUCCGUACUCCUGCUUUCUCGUUAGCCUAAUGGAGACACAGUAAUUCACUCAGUAGAAGGAUAAUGUGACAGAGCGCUGGCUCAGCCCCUGGCCUGCCAGACAUCAGGACACAAUGCAUGAUGGAAAAUAGAAGGCAAAAGGUAUAGAGACAAAGCAAGGAGAAAGAAAUGGAGAAGGAGAGAGGAGGGAGAUGGAGGAGGCAGAGAGAGGAGUGGUGAUGGAAAGAUGAAAGGACAGUCAGAGAAAUACAUCAUUACAUAACUCGUCCGUACAAAAAAGGUUUGUGGGCUGCAGCGUACACAGUGGCUCUGACUUAUGUAAAAUGCACUUGUAAAAAAUUAUUAAAAUGGAAUAAAAACUUCAUUUUAUUUAAUUCUCAAAAUGACACAAAUUAACAGCCAUUAUCAGUUGUUUUACUAAUCAAGUAUAUUUCCCUGCUUAGAUUUGGGUUUGAUUACAGGCAUUUAUUAUUUUUUUUCACAAGGGGCUAAAUGUUUCAUGUUUUGAAAACUGUACAAAUUCUCCAGAAAAUGCCAUAAGCUGUACAAAACAUUAAGCUUGACAUUCAAAUGUCCUCAUUUCUGGGCCCCCCGAUGGCCUCACAUUACUGGUGCUUGUUUACUACAGAGCAUGAAAGCCCUAAAAGAUUAUAUUUUAUGUUCAUGGCACAUAGAGCAAAGGAACCAUAUGUUGUGAGUAUCUUUUGUUUUUUGAAUGAUAUAAUUCAUGUAACAAGUGGUUUGUUCACAUAAAAAUCCAUAUGUUGUAUGCAUAAAUUGUAAUCCUGUAAGAACAAGAUAAUCCACUUUAUUAAUGGAUUGUAUUCAUAUUGUGAUUUUCUAGUCACAUUCACACACUAACACACACACACACACACAGCGGUCAGAGGCAGUUAAGGAUUAUGUGUCUUGCCUAAGGACACUUUGGAAUGCUGACUGAGGGAAGAGGGGAUCGAACCACUGACCUGCUAUGUGGACAGGUCUUUAAUAAUAAUGAUAAUUAUUAUGAAUGUGCUUUCAAGCUAUCAUCUAGAAGAUUGGAAAUUAACCAAAAUAUAAUCUUUCAGGACUUUUUACACCCCUCUAUCAAAUAUUACAAUAUUAUUAUCAUUAGCUGAAUGUGAAAUACCAUUGUAUAGUUGUGUAUAAUUUGUCUUGUCUGUGUCUUCCACAUAUAUAACUAUCUGUGUGUGUGUGUGUGUUUAAUGUGAUUACUGUACCUGUCUAUCAAACUCUGCUAUUUUUAUUUGAACACUGGGAGGGAACUGAAUCAGUGCUGAUUGGCUGAUGGCUGACCCAGCAAAGUCUCUUUUGGCAUGUAUAUCUCCUAUUUAUGGAUUGGAGUGUCGUAGUCUAGCUUUAAAAAGAACUCAAUAUGAAUAAAGGAUUGUACCUGAUGUCUAGAAUACCAGUUAAGAAUGCAUGUGACAGGCUGUAUGAGUGACAGCUCCUCUCAUCCAAUGGGAGACCCCGCUUAAACCUUCCUCUCUUCCUUGCCCUCCUAUCGAAUCUUUGUGCAUGUCCUGACACUGACUCUGUCCCAAGUAUAUCCUGCCAAAUGUGGACUGUUAUUUUCUGUGAAAUUUGUAAUAUUGAACAAAACUACUAUCAAAGUAAGUAAUAUAUCUUCAAUGUUAGGUACGUGCGAUGUUAGCAAUAACGUAAAUACAUCAGUAAAGGAAUAUAUUUGAUAUUUAAAUGCGGUGAAAAUACAACAUGUUAAAACAACAAUGACAGUGGGAGGAGUUUUAAACUGUUUUAAAAGCAAUAUGAUUCAGAAUAUGUAUCAAACAUUAGUGCCAUAAAUCCUUCUUUUUUCUGAUAUUUUUUUCUGGUUAAUCAGACUUAGUUUCAGUCCUCUGCCUCAUGGUUGUUUUUUCCAGUCACUUGUUCUAUAAUUGUUGAAGCUUCUCAGUAUGUCUCUGUGUGUCAUGAAUGCUGACUUGGUUAAGCUAUAGCAACAGAAAUAAAGACAACUUGCUGCUUC